AUGUCUUCCCAAAGCAGUGCUCAAUACUUCCCCAAGAUCUACUCCCUCACCUCUGUUGAUCAUGCUCGCUCCGUCUACGACGAGUGGGCAAAGACCUACAAUGAGGAGAUCACUGGCAAGGGCCAAGACUAUGUCGGCCCUGCCAUUGCCGCUGCCCAUGUUCCCCAAGCCCUAGGAACUCCCACCAUCAGCCCCGACGUCAAGAUUCUCGACGCUGGCUGUGGUACUGGCCUCGUCGGCAUCUUCCUCGCUCGUCUUGGCGCAAAGAAGCUUGACGGUGUCGACCUGAGCCCUGGAAUGCUUGACGAGGCCCGCACUACUGGAGCAUACCGCAACUUGGACGUGACAGACUUGUCUCGCCCCUUGUCCGCAAAGAAUGACUCUUAUGAUGUCGUGACGUGUGUUGGCACUCUGACGCAGUCUCACGUUGGUCCCGAGGCUAUCAGUGAAUUCGUGCGUGUCGUGAAGCCCGGAGGCUACAUCGUGGCCACUGUCAUCCGUGAGAUCUGGCAGACCGGAGGCUACGAGAGCCACGUGAAGGCCCUUGCCGAGCAGAACAAGGUCAAGGUCUUGUCCGCUGAAGUUCAGGACUACCGAAGGGGAGCCGGAGCUCAAGCUUACUACCUCGUCCUGCAAGUGUCUGCUUGA